CUUUCAUAUCGCGGCUUUAUGCAGAGAAGCCAUGCAUCACUGUCGCAGGUUUGCAAUUUCAAAAAAAUUUAGUCAACCAAAUGCUAUGACAGACGGUGGAAAUAAAUCUGGCUUGCAGUGAGUGUGGCAGCAGCGCAUUCGUUCUUCAUGCAGAUAUGUCUUUUUGUCAUGGACAUCAUGGACAUUGUGCCUGCGGAGAAGAAUAGAAAUUGCCAUAGUGUGAUCUGUAUGCAUUUUUUUUCCUGGAUAUCCUGUGCGGCCUUCGUAGCGGCCGAACAGCGCUUGGAAAAGGGGGAGCCCCAUGGCCUUGAUGAAGUGACGCUCGUUAUGCACUGGAAGCAUCAUGUCAGGGUCAAACUUAAAGUCAGACUCGAAGUCAAUGCCAAAAGACAUCAGAUUGGCAAUGAACUGUGUCGUGUAUAAUGGCCGGAUUCAUGUCGAGCGAGGACACUGGAUUUGAUUUUCUCACUUAUAUGAUUUGUAAGGAUCAGUUUGUUCUUCAGAUGGCAGGCCGAUUGAGCCUCGCAACAAAAUCUUAGUCAGUCUUUCUUGGUUUGCUGCAUGCAUCAAGGGGAAGACUGUGUCGCUUCGUCCUCUGCGGAGUUGAACCCUGACAUCUUUACACGGUAUUCCGGCGGACGCUUAGCGCGCUUGACGGGGUAGCUAUCGAUUCUUCAGCGUGAUGACUUUUUCGAAGCUGAAAAUUUGACGGAUUCCUGCAGUACUAGCUGUAUCGCAUAUGAUUUAUUGUCUUCCUAUGACACUGCACCGGUUCACGACUAUAGCAGCAAGUGUACGAUUUAAAGAUUAUUUGUCGCAACAUGUUUAAAAAACAAGUCCCAGAUAUCCUAAUCAAUCCUACCCAGGAGCAUCAUGUUCAUUUCAUAAGAAUUUCACCGUGCAGCUAGCUCUUCGGCGUUAUCGAGAGAUGAUAAACAGACCUACCCGAGAACCUUUUCCUUUCCCACCGCCGAGGCGCGAGACAGCCCUCUUUUCUCACCCCAGCAUCCUGCGGUUUCUAACUCGGCUUCUCUCUCGAGUACGCCGCUAAUUGUUUUUAUUGUACGAACAACAAAAUUAAUUUUCAUUUUUAUAAUUUUACGAAAAACAAUGGAUUCCAUUGGAAUUGAUCUCUGCAGAUAUUCGGUGUGGUUGUAGUUCUUCGUCAGGAAGCCUACAUCAAGACCACCAGUGAAUGUUUCGCAGCAUAAGUAACUAUCUAACAAGGCAGGGGCCGGAGCAGGAGCUCUCACUUGGCAAAAAAAUAGAUGAAGUCGUUGUAGGUUUCACUUCUUUCUGAUUCUAGCUGCGAAUGCCAUGAGCGUUUCUCUUUCCAUAUAUCCCAGUGAGCUAGCAUGACAUGCCGAACUUUUACAGCUGAUGAAAAUCGAAUAGAUUUGUUGCUGGAAUCCCAGCAGACAGCUGGAACAUGAUAGAUGCGAGGAACAGAUUGUCACUAAUAUGCUAAUGCGGCGCGUUUAUGAAAAGCGAAGCAUCCGAGCGCGUUUCCGUUUGUCGUUUGUUGAGAUCAAGAAGAGAAUUUAUGACGCUGUUGCGUGUCUCAUCUUCCGGAUAUGAAUGUGUAGGCCGAGCAGCCAGUGUGUACCUAGUUAGAAGUUGAGGGAG